GCCCAACUCACCCUCAUUCGGUAGCAACAGCAACACAACUCGACGUCUCCCGCUCCAUUUGGUAGCAACAACAACUCCAUUCAUCAGAAACUAGCGGCAGCGGUGACAACAUCAUCGACAUGCAGCUAUUAACAGGCAUGGGAAGAACUUUCAUGGUAUGGCGAGAAGUUUUCUAUGCCCUAUGUAUCUUCUUCAAUUCAUCUCAUGCACUGCGUCGAUUUAAAAUUCUAAGAUUGAGCUGCAAACUUUCCAAGCUGAUAAACCUAGGUCUAUGCUACAAACAGGCAUUGCUUUAAGAUGAUAGGAGAUUCCCACCAAGUAUCUAUUGUCAGAUUCUAUAUGUUAAUCAGGGAAUGAGAAACUUUCUCAAUAUGGGGAUAAAACAUCCACAUGAAAAGCGAUGUGUCUGGAGCUGAGAAAUCUUAUAAAGGGCAACCCUCAAAUUUGCAAUAAGCUGAAAUUUCCAAUUUAUCAUCACAUGACAAUUGUUAUAGAAUUUUUAUGGUUUCCACUUAGGAUUCAAGCAAGAGAACCAAUAAAAACAAAAAGUGCUAAAGUUCGCAACAAAAGGCUACAAAAGAAGGCUCACCAAUUUCAAAAGAAAGCUUCAGAGGACCUAAAAUAUGCUUUGCUACAUGGUUCCCAAGGCCUUCGACAACAUAUGCUUGGAUCGAGGGGAGAAAAUACUCACUGGUCAGGAAUCCAAGGAAGCCCAACAAUCAAACUCAUUAGGUAGUGAGCAUGAAGAGGAGCUACAGGAACAUGUGAUGAAUUGUUUGUUGUACAAAAUGAUUACAUUGUCAUUCCUGAACCUCGGCACGAAACCAUCCUUGAAUUUCAGCAAGUAGGAGACAAGAAUAAUGACAAGGGUGUUCAAUGUGAUGAACAAUCCACACCCACAAUUAAAAUAGUCUCGUAGAAAGAGGACACAAAAGAAGAGGAUGGAUAGAAACAAAUGAAUAAAAGACAUAUUUGCUUCCUAUCAUUGUUCAAUUUUCAUUGCAAUUAUAAACCUAUUUGUAUCAUCAUACUUGUUUAAUGAAUGCUUGUCAAUUUAUUCA